AUGAUGCUAGCAAAAGCAGACUCAAAAGAACUUCUUAAUCGAAUUGUCUCGCUACAAAUCAUCAUUAUGAAAUGGCUAAUGAAAAAGGCUUGGCGAUCUUUCCAUGAAACACCAACGGGAGAGACCGAUCCAACGAUAGUGGUUUAUCGCCGAGGAAAAGAGCUGCCGCCAGAUUUUGAGCCAUUCAAUAUUGAUCGUUUUCUUGCUGAAAAGCUUUUGAAGGAGUUGGACAUCGAUCCCAAGUUUGCCAUUUUCUGA